UUUUUUUUUUUCAAUCAAUAAUACGAUCUCCGUGAAUAUGCCGAUGUUUUAUUGAAUUCAUUUCAAUAUUUUAAUUAAAAAACGACUGUCGUGUUAUUCAACAUUAUUUGACUAAAACUGACGUGUAAAUUGAGUAGAAAAAAACCAUAAAAACAAAUUAAUCUAAUAAUUAAUAUAAGUACAUACAUGUAAUAUAUUAUCAACAAAUGUUAUAAUUAUAAAUAAUUAAAGAAAAAUGGGAAUGAAAGUGUUAGGUUGGGUUAUUUGCGGGAUACUUUUCAUGGCAUUUUUAUCAAUAUUCGCAGUACUAUGUUUUAUGAUGCCUUCAUUCGAAACAAAAAGUAAUAUGGAGCGAUUAAGCGAUCCAUCUGAUAUACAAUUGAAAGCAUCACUUAAGUGUGAACCUAAAUUUAAGAAAGAAAAAUUUUUGAUACAAUCAAACUAUUCAUAUCCACGAUUACCUGAUAUUAUAUCGCCGCCUUAUCAUAAACCUGAAAAAAAAACUUCAACGACUAAAACUACAAGCACGACAAAAAAAACCGUAGUGUUUUGGGAGGAUAAUAUUUUAGCAAAUUUCCAAAAUUUGACUAACAAUAUUCGAGGACAAAAUUGGACAUUUUCUGAUGAUACUCAUCCAUCAAUACCUCAUUCGAUCAAAACAGAAGAUCGCCCAGUGAUCAAGUAUAAAAAAAAUAAAAUUUUUCAAGAAACACAAGAUAUUGUAAGUAAUCUUACAAAUAAAAAUGAAAAUUUGAAAAUUAAUUCUACUUCCACCGAGUCUCCUACUACAACAAAUAAUUUAUCUCAAACAAAUAUACCGCUAAAAAUGGAAUUAGAAAAUCCUAGAAAUGACAAUUUCUGGUUACUUCCAAAAGAACAAAAAUUAAUGAGAAUUAAUGAUAAUGAUUCGUAAUUGUAAAAUUAUAUAUAUUAAUGUAAAAAAGUUUCACAACCAAAGAACUUUUCCUUUGUUGUCGCUGCUGGAAGUCAUACUUUGAGUCCUUUGAAUAUAGUCAACGAUGCAAUAUUGUAACCACUUCACAAUAAAAAUCAAAAAAUCAUAUAGAUAUACAUAAAGAGAAUAAUAUUUUU